GCAUAACAAUGUGUGUCUAUUCUUGUUACUAUUCAAAUAAUUAAAGAUUCAAUCGAAACAAAUAAUUUUCAAAUUUUUUGAAUUCAUCGCACCAGGAAAUGUUCCAUCUAUUGUACAAGAUAUUUAACUCAUUUGGAAUUUUUCCAAGUUAUAAAACAGUAGUGCCGUUUCUAUUGGGCUUAUUCUUAGCUUAUAUCUACUGCUGUAUAUUUAAGAUCUUGCGUAAUGCAUCAGGAACUGGAAGAUGCUAUAACUCUUUAAAUACCGGUACUAAAGCUAAUUCAAUUACAAAGAUUCUUGAAAUGGUUACAAAGGAGGAAGAUGAAAUAAACAAAUUCGAAAAUGGAUUCGAACAAUUCAUUGAUAAAUUAUUGUCACAAAUUGAAAAUGAUAAAAGUGUAGUAGAUAAACAAAAUAGAACAUCGUGUCAACCCCGGAUAACGUUCAAGAAGAAAUUUAUUACUUUUAUAUCUCCAUUAGUUCAGCAUUUUCUAUCCAGUCAAGAAUAGAAAAUUAAUUCGGUUUAACUGAAAUUCUUAAGAUAAUGUAAAACGAAUAAUAUUGAAUUAGUCUUUAUUAUGUAAAAUUCAAAAGUUGAUCUGUCGAGUGGUGGCAUAGAAGAAUUUGUCGCUAUUACUUUUUAUUAAAAUAAACAGUUUUACACAUGAACUUCA